GUUUUCUAAAUGUUUAUUUUUGAUAAGAUGGCGCUUCGAGCAAUGAAGAACGAAGUAUAAGGAAUCCGUGUAUAGAACACGAACAGCAAUCGUAAUUGAACUACAAUGUUCAAUGAAUAGAAGAAAGUACCGUAUGGUAAAAAAAAAUAUACAUGUAUUGAUUUAGAAGAAUAAAUCUCUAUUUCGGUUGUGAUUAUUCAGUUGAGAAAUAAGUGUGCCUACAGAGACAACCUCUUAGCUAAAUAGCUUAUAAAUUUAUAUACUUGUUUGUAAAAUGACGCAACGCGUACAUUACCUUGGAUUAUGCGAUAAAUUAAUUUAUUUACUGUAUAUUCGUCAUUGUCAACCAUCGAUAAAACUAAUCACACGAUGAAUAAAAUAUUAGCGUAUUAAUGAACUGAAAAUUCUCGGGGGAUGUGCAUAAUUCUAAAGUGUAUUCGCUCGAAGGGCAAGGGCAGACAUAACCUAAUGUUGUUAAAUAUUGUGAUAAAGAUAAUUAAAUGCCCAACUUAUCUUCAAAAUGAAUAAAUUAUUAUAUCACAUAUUAUUGUCGUUUAUCUGUUGCAUACUUGGCCAACAAGCAACAGAGAACGAUAGUACCGGUUUGGUUCCAGACCAAGAUGAUGCUCUACUUAUGUUUUCAACGCUCGAUGGAUUAUUAAUUGCUGUGGAACAAAAAACUGGAGAAAUUCGAUGGCAUCAAAAUGACGAACCUGCUGUUAAGGUUCCUCACGACGUGUCGCAAAUAUCAAUGCCUAUCUUUUUACCAGAUCCAAAAGAUGGAUCCUUAUAUUUAUUUGGCCCUGAAACAGAGGCUUUAAAAAAGUUACCAUUUACUAUUCCACAAUUGGUUGCAAGCAGCCCGUGUCGUAGUAGCGAUGGUAUACUAUAUACAGGAAGAAAAAUUGAUACUUGGUUUAGCGUAGAUCCACAAACUGGUAAAAGAGAACAACUACUUGGCUUUACCACAGUAGAUAAUACAUGCCCCAUAGACACACAAAAUGUUAUAUUCGUAGGACGAACGGAAUAUAAUAUUAUAAUGAUAGAUAGUAAGCGUAAAGAUAGAAAAUGGAAUGUUACUUUUUACGAUUAUUCAGCUGCCAAGAUGGAUCCAGAACUUGUCGAAGAUUAUGAUUUAGUUCAUUUUACUGGAACUUCAACGGGACAAGUUAUUACCGUAGAUAGGUUUGGAAAUAUUUUGUGGGAUAUCAACUUGGGCAGUCCAGUAAUAGCAGUUUAUACAAUUAGUAAAGAUGGGUUACUUACGAUACCAUUCACCAGUGUUGCUGAUACAACUUUGAGCCAUUUGUUAAAAAAAAUAUCUGUAAAACCAAGCGAAUUCCAGUUUUUUCCUACCUUAUAUAUUGGCGAGCACAGUCAUGGAUUAUAUGCCUUACCUUCAUUAGUGGACUCGUCCACAUCCACAAUAAGCAGCAAAGCUGGUCAUCUAUUACUGGAAGGUCCAAUAAUUUCAUAUCUGCAAAAGAAUGAUUCGCCUUCUCCUAAAAAAACGACUGAAAAUAAUUAUCAACGAAUUAGUUCAAAUAAUAAGAAUAUUAUGGUUUUAGGUCAUUAUGAAGUUCCUGUGGAGUAUAAACCCCAUAAUCAGCCGCUACAAAUUACUGGGCGCUCAGAUCCUAUCAUACAAACAAAUCGAGAUACAUUUAAUUUAACGAAAAAAGUAGAUAUUAUCACAGAGGAUAAGCAAUUAAAUGGAUCUGUUAAUGAAAAUAAAGGAUGGCGAAAAGCCGUCGCGAUAUCUUAUACAGCAAGUAAAACGUGGCUUAAUCAACAAGAAAAUAAAGGAUUGAAAUUAGCUUUUAUAAUUCUUUGUGGGUGUGUUAUAACAAUGCUUUGGUAUUUCAAUGCCCAAUUCAAAGAAUUAUCUCAGGGUUCGCGUGAAAAUAGUCGUACGAGUAGCAAUGGAAAAUACGGUAUUAUAUAUUCACCGGAGGAAAUCGGUGAAGGGAUGGUUCGAGUUGGUAAAAUUACAUUCAAUGCCGAAGAAGUACUCGGAAAAGGCUGCGAUGGAACGUUCGUGUACAAAGGCGAAUUCGAUAACAGAUCGGUGGCGGUUAAGCGACUGCUUCCCGACUGCUUCACAUUCGCCGACAGAGAAGUGGCCCUUCUUCGUGAGUCGGACGCUCACGCCAAUGUGGUUCGGUAUUUCUGCACGGAGCAAGAUCGGCUAUUUCGGUAUAUAGCCCUCGAGCUGGCCGAAGCUACUCUACAGGAUUACGUGGCCGGCAAAUAUGACCGAAGCAAGAUAUCUUCGAAGAACAUAUUGAGGCAGGCCACGGCUGGACUCGCACAUUUACAUUCCUUAGACAUAGUACAUAGGGACAUAAAGCCGCACAAUGUGCUGCUCUCGGUGCCUGGGCCCCGGGGUGAAGUGCGUGCUAUGAUCUCGGACUUUGGCCUCUGCAAGAAACUUCAGCUCGGUCGCAUGUCGUUUUCGAGGAGGUCAGGCGUAACAGGGACCGAUGGCUGGAUCGCCCCGGAGAUGCUCAAUGGCGAGAGAACGACCUGCGCCGUUGAUAUAUUUUCUCUCGGUUGCGUCUUCUAUUACGUCCUCUCGGGCGGCAAGCAUCCUUUUGGCGAUUCCCUUCGACGACAGGCCAAUAUAUUGGGCGGAGAUAUCGAUUUAUCGGCACUGCAGAGUAUUUCGGAAAACGACAAACAAGUAGCUUUAGUUUUAAUAAAGGCUAUGAUCGCCGGUAAUCCUAUGGAUCGACCACCAGCACAAGCAAUAUAUUAUCAUCCAAUGUUUUGGGAUGCUUCUCAAGUUCUUACAUUCUUUCAGGAUGUUAGUGAUCGUGUGGAAAAAGACGGACCGGAAAGUCCAGCGUUGCAAGCUCUAGAGAGAGGUAAUCGCAUGGUGGUUCAAGGCGAUUGGAGGCUCCAUAUUGACCUUGAAGUGGCAACAGAUUUGAGAAAGUACAGAAGCUAUCGAGGAGAAAGCGUGAGGGAUUUACUUCGUGCGCUUAGGAAUAAGAAACACCAUUAUCGCGAGUUAACCCUCGAGGCCCAAUUGAGCUUAGGCGAGAUACCCAUCAAGUUCACGGAAUAUUGGCUCACGCGCUUUCCCCAUCUGCUGAUUCACUCGUGGUGCGCGAUGCAGCGUUUUCGAUCGGAGCCAACCCUGAGAUGCUACUACGACGUGACGUAUGAGUUUCGAGCCGAAGAAAUGGAAUUGGGUACAAUGGACGAGGAGAAUUCAACGUUAUUGAACCACGAAGAGAGGCUAAUGUCAUCAUAUCGUGUCCACGACAAUGGAACUGUUGAUUGGAGUCCGAAUCGCGCAAGAUUCAGGGGUCAGAGGAGGAAGAAAAUUGAACAGGAGAAGAAGAAAAUUGAAAUACCUUCCGUUCGGAGCUUGCCACCUGCGAGUUAAUUAUGGUCCAAAGCUUUUUAUUUAAUUAUUAGAUUUAAUUUGCCCAUUGAAUGAAUUAUACUAAUUUGUUCGCUGCCUUCAAAUGUAUUUGCUUAAUGCAAGGUAAUCGUUUAAAACUCGUAUUUCAAUAUCAAGUGCAAUUUAAUUAAUUUGUAAUUACUUUUAAUGAAAAUGGCGUUAUUAAAUCAUAGUUGACUAUAUCGCGUUGAUUUUAAUUAAAUUCUUAAUUGCAUAAGGGUAAUUUAAAUUACGGUUUAAAAUGUAGGGUAAAUUUGCGUCGGAUUUACAAAAUAUGUUUUGUAUUUUAAAUGAUAUUUGUUGAAUG